AUGGUGAAUAUCGUGCAUCCCAGCCGGAUCCAGAACAUCCAGUUGGCAGCCCAGCCAUCGGACGGAAAUGUCAAUGGCAAACACUCUACCAAUAGUAGUGAAGGAAGUGGCCCUUACUAUUGGAAUGCCUUCCACUACGACAACCCUCUGAAGGAGUAA